GUCAUCCAGGACACCAAGGGUUUUCUUGUCUUUUUACUGAAUUGGGAUUAUCUGCUGGUGCUCGUUCGCUCUUCCUUCGAAUUUUGAAGCGCUCUCUCUCUCUCUCUCUCUCUCUCUCUCCGUUCUCUGUUCUAUACUCACAUUAUAGAAUGGCUGUAAUUCAAACCAUCCGACCACCUUUCACCGUCACCAACACGACCAACUUUGCAUUUCUUGCGCCAUCGGCGUCGCCGCUUCUUCAGCUUCUGUUGUCCUCCAUGAGAACCCACCAACCCAACUUGCAUUCUCUCACUACUAACAGCAGAUCCUCUUCUCUAACAACAACAAGAAGAAGGAAGCUACUGUGCAAACCCCCCUCAGCGAAGUACCUCAGAGAAGACUAUCUAGUGAAGAAAUACUCAGUCCAGGAGGUGCAGGAACUUGUGAAGGGGGAAAGGAAUGUACCUCUUAUUAUUGAUUUCUAUGCGACGUGGUGUGGUCCUUGCAUUUUGAUGGCUCAGGAGCUCGAAAUGCUCGCUGUGGAGUAUGAGAGCAAUGCAUUGUUUAUUAAGGUUGACACAGACGAUGAGUAUGAGUUUGCCCGUGAUAUGCAGGUCCGUGGCUUGCCAACCCUAUAUUUCAUUAGUCCUGAUCCAAAUAAGGAAGCAAUUCGGACUGAAGGGCUCAUCCCAACGCAGAUGAUUAGGGAUAUCAUUGAUAAUGAAAUGUGAGCAAUGGUGGGGCAAGAAUAUUGUGUUCAAAUCUGAUCACAAUUUGGUGAGACAAUGCAUGGUCCUUUUGUCAUGAGGAUCAAUUUGACAGCAGUGCCAGGACUCAACAUUAACAGAUGGAAAGGGUGAUUGCACAUUGAUAAAUUGCGUCCGAGGCCUAUCUUGCUUGCAGCUUGCUAACUAUUGAAUAGUGAUGGUAAAAGCCUUGUUGUCUAAAAGGAUUAACUGCUGAUUUUGCUGAGAUGAACUUUCAAGAGGUUGAGUUUCUAAAUGGGAUCAGUUUGAGUUUUGUGCAAUAGGAAAAACUAGGAAGAUGACCUUAUUUCCAUUAAUAUAGAUUUGAGGAUGAUGAGUGGCUCCUCCGUGUUAGUAAUGUCCAUUGUGUCCAUGUUCAUGCCAGCGGCCAGGCCUAUGCUACAUGGUGCAUUGAACUUCUUACUAACAUUUCUACUUGAAUAUCCAUGAUGCAACUGUAACCGUUGAAUUGGGCCAAAGUGAAGAAACGAUUUCUUUCCAACA